GGAUUAAUUUUUUUAUUGUCUUUCGGUUGUUGUUCAGCUUGUUGGCGAAUUGCGGUUUUGGUGGUGAAUUACAUUGUUCUGAUAGUUGGAGGGAGAAAAACAAUUUUGGCAAACGAACGACAAGUCAGUUUGGUGUUUGUGAAACAACAGUCAAUUUCGGUUGAAUCUUUAGAGUAAAUCAGUUGAAUAAAUCGAGUGUUUGAAUUCUCAGACGAAGUUAAUAGUGAUUUGUGGGGAAGAAUAUUAUUUUGUUAAUCCGGUAUUUUGAGCUUCUGUUGAGCUAAAUCGCUCUUAGUAUUUAAUUUACACGGAAGCAGUGUAUAUACUACAAAGGAGUGUAGCAAUCCAUACCAUUCUAAAACAUAAAAAAUACAAUUAAUUUAUCAACAGUAAAAGUGAUAUCCGUCUGCUGCUUAUAAUGUCAGUCCACAAAGUGGAACACGCCGGUUAGGUUGUGCAACACGUACACAGUGCGUAAAGCCGAUUUAUAGGCCAAUACGGUGACGAUUCGCUGUGCUGGUUUCAGACAACAAUACAUUUAAAUUUAACGCACCUUGGUUUAGCUGAUUUGGAAAGAAAGGACCAGUAGCAUCAACAUAUUUUAUUCUAAAAUAUGGUAGAAUCUUCAGCACCUGCAGCUGCGAAAUCGGCGGAUUUGAAUGAAACGCGCCUCUUCGGAGAAGUUCCCGUCGGGGACGUAUGCCAAAAUUCGACCCCUAUUGGUGGAUCUGUGCAUGAGGUUUCACAGGAAAUAUCAAAGCUCAGUUUGCGAUCGUCUUCUCCAGAAGACGACAACGAUAAAAGUUCCGGAUUUGGAAGUAUUAUGAGUAGCAUCGUGAACAUCGAUAGCGAACAAGCGAGCGGCAAGAAUGAUAACUCAAACGGCGACUUUUUCGUUCCACCUCGUAAGGCAGCGGACUUUGCCAGCGAGGUCAAUGAAUCCGAACAACACCAGAACACCAACUACCAACCAGUUGUGAUCGACAUCGAAAAUGGGGCAGAUGGAGAAAUUGUAGAUCCAGCCGCAAAGCAGGCACAGCAAAAAGGCAAAACACCAAGUGAAGUGUAUUUACAAAAAUUACUCAUUGGAUUACUUAAUUCAUUUCUGCUGGUAUCCAGCAACUCGUCUAGAUUGUAG